AUGAAUGUUCCUCUUUACCUCCUGGCCGCCGCUCACUUGCUGUGCGUCGCCGCCGCGGCCGCGGCGCAGCGCGUGUCCCUGGAGCGCCAGCUCCUGGAGGAGGGGGUCCGGUCGGGCCGCAGGACGUGCCGGCUCUACUGCAGGGUCGGCAUCGGCUUCCACCUCCAGAUCCAUCCCGACGGCAGAGUCAACGGCAGCCAUGAGCCCAACCAGCUGAGCGUCCUGGAGCUCUUCGCGGUUUCUCAGGGGGUCAUCGGCAUCAAAGGGGUCUACGGCAACAGAUUCCUGGCCAUGAACAAAAGAGGACGGCUCUACGCCACCGAGCGGUUCGGCGACGACUGUCGGUUCAGGGAACGCUUCCAGGAGAACAGCUACAACACGUACGCCUCGGUGGUCCACCGGAACCACCGGACCGGCCGCGACUGGUUCGUGGCCCUCAACAAGCGAGGGAAAGCCAAAAUGGGCUCCAGCCCGCGGGUCAAACCCCAGCACGUGUCCACCCACUUCUUGCCCAGGCUCGGCCUGCGCGACAAGGGCGAGCGAGGCUUCACCAUCACGGACCGGAGCAAAGAGAGGAGGAAAACGCCGCCGCCGGUGGCCAAACCUCCGGUGGCGAAGGCCGUCCACGCGGCGACGGGGCCGAGACGUACGCAGGUCAAGUACUGGCCCAAGUACCGGUUCGGAUAG